AUGGCUAAGCUACGUACCACUAUAUCUAUAUCGCCUGAUGGUAUCAUUGUUCGAUUGGGAGAACGACCUACUCAAGUUUCUACAGUUGACGGUACUGAACCCCGUCUAUCACUGCGUGAUAUGGAUUGGUUACGUAAAGUUGCUGUUAUGCACAUCAGCCAUGUUGUCUCUCUAUCAUCUAUAUCGGUAUCUAGAGUCAAACCUUCCAUCUUUAUUAAGCCUAGUACUCUGGAGUUCUGCUACGACGGUAAAGAUGAUAACUAUGUUCUCUACGAUACCUUCAAUGAUGACAUUGAGAUCUAUCCCGAUCUUCCGUUAUCUAUCGGUUACGGCUCUACUAUGUGUUUUGAUACUAUCACUGACUCCUCUCUAGUCCCAGACUGUGAUCUACUUCCACCAUGGGAAGUUAUACCUAGGGAAUGGAUCAGUGAUAAGAUUGCUCCACUAGGUCGUGCAUCUACUGAAGUACCAUGGCGAAGUCAAGACCGCCCCGGUUUCAACUUCCACUACGCGGCUAAACGUGGUCUAGCCUCUAUAGCUCGUCUAGAUUCUAAACAGCAAUCUAUGUUUGAGGAUGCCCUUUCACAACUUGUCGAGAGGGGUUUCUGUUCGAUUGUCUGUGAUCUACGGUCAACUGGUUUGAAGAAGCCAACUAGAGCUAUGUGUCAAGCAGCUUGGUCUACUUUGGUCAAGGGUACUGUCAAUGAAGGCUCUCCUGUUCCUCUGGCGGAACAUUACACUCCUUCACAUUUAGUGUAUCGCCAUCUACAUCCUACUACACCGU